AUGCCAUCCCAGGCCUGGAGGAGGUACGGCUGGCCCCAGCCAUGCGGAACCGGAAUGGUGCCGUGUGGAGCAGGAACCGUGUCCUCUUCUCUGCCUGGGAGGUGGAAAUGCAAAUGAGGGUGACUGGGCCGGGGCGCCGGGGAGCCCAGGGCAUGGCCGUGUGGUACACCCAGGACAGGGGCCAAGUAGGCUCUGUCCUGGGGGCGCUGGACUCGGGGGACGGCAUUGGGACCCUCUUCGACUCCUCGGCUGAGGAUACCCAGAACAGCCCUGCCAUCCGUGUGCUGCCCAGUGAUGGGCACAACCCCUACGAGGCGCUUGGGGAUGGAGCCAGCCGGGUGCUGGGCUCCUGCCACCAGGACUUCCGGAACCGGCCUUACCCCUUCAGAGCACAGAUCACCUACUGGGGGCAGAGGCUGCGUGUGUCCUUGAACAGUGACCUCACUCCCAACGACCCGGAUGAGGUCUGUGUCGAUGUGGGGCCCCUGCUUUUGGCCCCUGGAGGUUUCUUUGGGGUCUCGGCAGCCACCAGCACCCUGGCAGAUGACCAUGAGUCCUUCCUGACCUUCAGUCUGCGUGAGCCGGGUGCAGAGGUACCUCCCCUGCAGCCCUUCCUGGAGACAGAGCAGCUCCGCCUGGCAAGGCAGCUGGAAGGGCUGCGGGCAAGGCUGGCCCUGGGCACCAAGGAGGACAUGAUUCCAAAGCCGAACUGUGAAGUCCAGGAAGAGGGGGGAAGUAGCUUUGCCCUGGAGGAGACACUGCACAGACACAGCCAGAUUCUGCAGGCUCUCCAGGGUCUCUCCAAGCACUUGGCACAGGCUGAGAGGCAAUGGAAGAAGCAGCUGGUGUCCCCAGGCCAGGCCAGGCCGAGGAAGCCUGGAAAGAGGAGCAAGCACCGCAUUUGGGAACUAGUCUCCCCCAAGGCCUGGAGGGAACGGAGGGCAGGGAAGGAAGAGGGCUGCAAAUCCCUGGGGAAGGUGAACUCUGAAAAGAGAGGGGCUGUGCCCUGGGCCCUAGAGAAGAGGCUGGCACUCCUGCAGGACUCAGCUAAGGUCAGUGCCCUACUCCGUGGACAGCGGACUCUGCUCCAAGACCUGCAAGAGAUGAGGGAUGCAGCUGCUCACAUGGCCUCAAGAGCCCAGGUCUUCUAUCUGCCUGUGGGCACCAAGCAUCAUUUCUUAGAGCUGGCCCAGAUCCUGAGCCUUCUGCAGAAGGACCUGCGGGGUCCAGUGAAAGCGGCAGCCAAGGACUCCUGCCCACCUGGUCAGCCCCCAGGGGUUUCCUCGUGUCUGCAGCCUGGAAUCUUCCUGUUCUUCCUCCUCAUCCAGACUGCAGGCUUCUUCUGCUAUGUACACUUCAGGAGUGAACUGGACAAGAACCUUCAGGACUAUUUGUCCACAGGCAGCCUUCCUUUGAGUCCUGCACUACAAGUCCCUAGGACCCUGGGGGCUCUGAGGAGGCAGCCCCUCUCCCCCAGCAUACAUGGGUGACCUACCUCAACGCCCUGAAGAAAUGUCCACUUCUCAUCCCUAGGAAGUCACUCUAUGCCUGGGAGGUGGAGAGCUUGGCCAGUGUCCUCUGCCUCUGGGUACCCAGCUCUUACCCACACCUUAGCUUUUGGGGAGCUCCAACCUGAUUUCCCUCUCCUCAUGCUUUGAUAUGCUCAUUUACCUUCCAGCUUCACCUUAAUCUCUCUGAAGGCAACCUCUUCUAGAUGGUAGCUGAGAGUGGGCUCCAAGCAGGCAAGAAGGCCAAGGACUGGCUUGACUGACAAAAGACCAGAUACCCCACAGGCCUUGAACCCUGGGCUAUGGUGGGAGAUGGAGUCACAGCUGUGUAUAAUUCUGUCCCCAAAUUCAGCCAGAACAAGGAGUGGUGCCUCCUGGUCCAGCCCAGGCAGCAUCACCAUGAACAACUCUCUCUCGAUGCUCCCUGUAGCUCCAGGGGUCAGCAGGGCAGGCGUGUGACCCAGAGCUCUGAGAGGCAACCCAUGGAGCCAUAAUUGGGAUUCCCUGCUCUCUGAUCUCCCUCCCUUUCCCAGUGUCAAGCUCUCUGGGCAGCUGCUGGGGCAGUGGGUUGGAAAGAAGGUUGGGGAGGGACCAGGGCUACUCGCAUUCCCAGCUGAAAUCCUGGCUACCCGGGGGAGGAGGAAGUGGGCGGGAGAAUAGGGAGCUGUGUACUAGGCGCAUAACAGCACAGCUCGUUCCCCUGGGGGGCGACCCCCUCCCCGAACCCCUCGCGGCCGGCCCCAAUCCGUUGGCAGCAGUGCCCAGAGGAGCUUGGCAUUGAAGGAGGCACGUGGGGUAGGCGGGUGUGAGGAGCGAGCACGU